GCCAUUUACCUUUCACAAGAAGAAGGUUAUUUCUAACCCCACAACCACACUUCAGUUCAACAAGAUCUCUCUCGACCUCACUGAACCUCGGCUGCUGUUGGUGCUCAAAGUGAAGUGCCAUUUUCUUUAUUCAAGAAUGAGAACAGAUGUUGGUGAUGCUAAUGCACCCACCUCCAAUGACACCCUCCCAGCGCUCAAGCUCCUUGAUUCUUCUCUUAGGGUCUGUGUGAUUCCUCUCAGUGCUGCAACCAUUUGGCUAACUGUCACAAACCAGCAGGAUAAUAGCAUCUAUGGGAAACUAGAGUUCUCCAAUCUUAUGGGCCUCAAGUACAUGGUUUGCAUCAGUGCCAUUUGUGGUGCUUACGCUUUUAUUGCUGCUAUUUCCACCUGGGUCAGGUGCUUGGUAACGAAAGCUUGGCUCUUCUUUGUCUCUGACCAGAUUGUAGCAUACUUAAUGGUCACAUCUGGGGCUGCAGUGUUGGAGAUACUCUACUUGGCUUACAAGGGUGACAGGGAAGUCUCAUGGAGUGAAGCCUGUAGUUACUAUGGAAGGUUUUGCAGUAGAAUGAAGGUAGCCUUGGUUCUCCAUGCCUUGGCUCUUUGCUGCUUCAUUGUUCUUACUGUAAUCUCAGCUUUUAGGACUUUUAGCAUGUUUGAGCCUCCUUCCCUUCCUUCUAAAGAGGUGGAAGAAGAAAGAGCUUAAUACUCACACAGUUGGGCUCAAAUGGAUAAUAAUAUAUGUAUGUUUUUUAAUGAAAUAAUAAGUGAUAUUUAGGAAGCCAAA